GACGUGUGCAAGAUCUUCAUUCGGCUCCUUCUUCUGCUUCCCCGAUCCAUCGCUUUCCGUUCAUAGCCCCCCCCACACUCAUACUUCUUCACCUUCGUCACCGCUCUCUAUCGCUCUUUCUCUGCUUUACUUGCUGAUCUCCCAAUGGCUUUUUCAGGGGCUCAUGAAUUUGAUUUGCAGAGAAGGAUGUGAUGAUUGCAAUGCAGAUCUAUUAUUGUUUGUUUGAUACGCAGAGUAAGAUUCGAUUGUUGCCCGGUCCUAUUGUUGGCUGUCGUUGCAAUCGACAGCAACUUUCUUGCAAAGGCGUUAUCAGCUUACUGAUAAUUUUGUUCAGGUAAGUUGGUACCGCCUUUACAAGAUGCCAUAUUUCAUACAGAGACUUUAUAAUACUUGCAAAGCAUCAUUUUCCCCGAAUGGACCGGCCUCAGAAGAAGCUCUCGAGAGAGUUCGUGCCAUGCUAGACAAAAUCAAGCCUACUGAUGUAGGUCUCGAACAGGAAGCACAAUUGGUACGCAGUUGGUCAGGUACUGCGAAUGAGCGUAAUGGAAGCCAUCAGUCACUGCCACCAAUCAAAUACUUGCAUUUACAUGAGUGUGACAGCUUUUCUAUAGGAAUUUUCUGCAUGCCACCUUCCUCUAUCAUACCUCUUCAUAAUCAUCCUGGAAUGACCGUGUUGAGCAAGCUUGUUUAUGGCACAUUAUAUGUUAACUCAUAUGACUGGCUUGAUUUUCCUGGGCCUGCUGAUCCUUUGCAAGCAAGACCUGCAAAGCUGGUUAGAGAUGUUGAGGUGACAGCACCCUCUCCGACAACAAUUCUUUAUCCCACAAGUGGAGGCAAUAUACAUAGUUUCCGAGCUGUAACUCCCUGUGCCAUAUUUGACAUCCUAGCUCCGCCUUACUCUUCAGAAGAUGGACGGCACUGCACUUAUUUCCGAAAGUCUCCAAGAAAGGAUCUACAUGGGUUGGUUGAAUUGAAUAGAAGCAUUUCUAAAAGCUUAACCAAGAAAAGUUAUUGGUCUGCUCCAACCAAUAUGUGCCAGAAUGUAAUCUUGAGCAUUUCUAAUGAUGCAGAUUUAGCAAAUGCUGUCUACCACUCGUUUAUUUUGUGCGUUGUAUUCUCAGGAUGAAUCUAUGUUAUAUGCGGGACUGAAUAAUUCAGUAAUCACGCUAAUCUCUAAUUGGGAUAGUGAGGUUUGUAAUUAGGAGUUGAUAAGUUUUGACACGACUCGUAAACUCAACACGAAAUUAGCGAGUUGAUGUUUAAUAAAAUAGGAUUCGGAUCAAACUGGUCAACUUGAUUAGACAUGAUUAAUUGUCAAUUGUGGAUUAACUUGCUUGACCACAGGCUGGUGGGACCUUGUAUUUUGGUGGCCGAACCACUCCACCCUUUGCUUUUAUUUUAUUAUUAUUAUUAUUAUUAUUAUUAUUUUUAAUUUCGUUUUUA